AUGGCCGUGGAGGGUCAAAGAUUUAUGACCAAGACUCAGCACUACCGCAAGGUCACCAAACCGUUGCUGGAGCGAAAGCGACGUGCGCGCAUGAAUCUGUACUUGGACGAGCUGAAAGAUCUCAUUGUGGAUACAAUGGACGCACAGGGUGAACAGGUCAGCAAGCUGGAGAAGGCCGACAUACUGGAGCUGACGGUCAACUAUCUGAAGUCGCAACAGCAGCAACGCAUGGCUUGUGGCAAUGGUGGUAAUGGUGUCAACGCUCCAACCACACCCACAGCCACUCCCACAUCUCCACCAGCAACCCCAUUGAACUUCGAUAAAUUUCGAGCUGGCUACACACAAGCUGCCUACGAGGUUUCGCAUAUCUUCUCCACGGUGCCUGGCUUGGAUCUUCAGUUUGGCACUCAUCUAAUGAAGCAACUGGGACAUCAGCUGAAGGAUAUGAAGCAGCAGUUGAACAGUCCCGUGCCCAGCGAAGAAGCCACUGAACCAGUCAACCUGGCUGAUUGUAAGCAGCAACGUGCCACAUCCCCUAAUGAGGACCUGGAGAAGGGCGAGGAUGUCUGGCGACCCUGGUGAAACCUCGUGUUUAACCAAUACAAUAGCUUUAUUAUCAUGGCACAUUGAGAGCUUUAUUACUCUGGUUUUAGUUUUAUAAGUCUUGACCAAGUUUUCCAAGGAUUACUCCAAACAUUUGCCUCAUUUUUAUAACACAUAUAUAGACUUAAGAUAUGAUGUGAUGUUCCUGUGAUAGUUUUUAAGUGAGUUUUUUGUAUUUGAUCUCCAAUAGCAAAUAAUACGAUAGUUAUUUAAGUAAUUUAAUUAAUUUUGAUAUUAUAACAUUCAGCUUCCCACUGAGCUUCCACUUAGU